UGGUAAUCUUGAGCUCCACCUAAAAUCCCGACAACUCCAGCAUGACCUCAAAGCUUCAACUAGAUUUCGCCCUCGACCAUUUUAAUUUUAAUUUCGACAAUUAACCCUUCCGCCUUUGGUCUCGUCGCCCAAUUGCACUGCGCCAUGCAAGGGCUUACCACAUCGACAACAGCUAUGCUGUCUCGUCAGCUCGUACGCCGACAGCCUAUCGCGGCCUCGACAGUGGCUAGAAUAGUCGCGCAACGGACAUACGCCACGCCCGCUGGUCCGCCCGUGAAGGGUUUCCGAACCCCCCCGCCGAAGCGAUGGAACGAACAAGAAGAAGGGACAUUCGAACGCGCUGGAAAGUACUUCCUCCUGACUGAGAUGUUUAGGGGCAUGUACGUCGCAUUAGAGAACUUCUUCAGGCCACCAUACACAAUUUACUACCCUUUUGAGAAGGGUCCUGUCUCUCCCCGAUUCCGUGGCGAACAUGCCUUAAGGCGCUACCCGUCAGGUGAAGAGCGAUGUAUUGCCUGCAAGCUGUGCGAAGCGAUCUGCCCUGCGCAAGCUAUCACAAUUGAAGCAGAAGAGCGAGCUGAUGGCUCAAGACGGACAACCCGAUACGAUAUCGACAUGACCAAAUGCAUCUAUUGCGGUUUCUGCCAAGAGUCAUGUCCCGUAGACGCGAUCGUUGAGUCGCCUAAUGUCGAAUACUCGACCGAGACGAGAGAGGAAUUGCUAUACAACAAGGAGAAGCUCCUGGCGAAUGGAGAUAAAUGGGAGCCCGAGUUGGCAGCUAUCAUCAAGGCCGACUCCCCUUACAGAUAAUCGAAUUAAUCAAGGAUCUAACCUGGUGGAGUUGUAUUGUAACGCUGUAAAUAUCAACUAAGGGGCAAUACACAGUUUCCAUUUGUGGCGUUCAAAAUACCUGGCUCUAGUCUGGUGUUAUAGACCAGAUUUUAGACAUCAAUGAUGCUAACAUGGUUGUUUUAGGUAAGGACUUAGUAUUGCUUCGCACCUAGUUUAUUAUAAUAAAAUCUGUAAAUA